UCGGGGUGUCUUUGGUAGACACGGGGUCACCCAGGACCAGCCCGUUGGGGAUUUGGGUCAGAGUGGCCGGGAGAGUGGAUGGCAAUGGAAGGGUUUUGUCGGAAUGCCGUUGGUCCACCCGAAUGGGAGUGCGAGGCCAUGGGUUCCGUGGUGUGGGUACAAUGUGCUACCUCUACAGAGUGUAUUUAAUCUAUCGAUAGUCACGUCCGUACUUGGUCCCACCAUUCGAUCAACACUCACAUGACGGAAUGACUUAUAGGUGAUUUAUAUGUUGAUAUGUUGAGCAGUACAGACUGGCAGGAUGUUGAUGAUGAUGUUGGAGACCAAGUGUUGGUCAUGGUUGUGAUCGCCGGAAAGAUCACAGUUUGAGACCAAGUGUUGGUCAUGGUAGUGAUCGCCGGAAGGAUCACCGUUUGGUUUUGAUCACGAAGUGAUCGAGAUGGUAUAUUGCUUGGCCGGUUAGCCAAGAGAGAUAUGGUUAUGGAGAUAUGAGAUGUUGGUUCAUUAGUAUUGUAUAUAGUUUCAUAUCAUGCUUAGUAGUUGCUGUCGUAUCAUGGUAGAUGUUAAUUUAAUUAACCUGCUUAAUGCUAUGUUAUUGUCUUGCCUUGAUGUUUUUGGUUGUUGUGAGCUUGCAAGUACAUUCAAUGUAUUUACCUGGCGUGUCAUGCCAGAUUGCGGGUGAUGCCGUGAUUGCUUGAUUGCUUGUCGUGGUUUCCGUUCGUGCGAGCUAGAUCGUGUCCCAGCCAGAGUCCCUGCAGAGUGGAAUUCACCACCUUCGCCGUUGUUCCACUGCUAGAAGUUUUCCGCUGCUACGAGUUGUUCCACUGCUAGCAUAGAGCAAGUGUAGUAUCGCAGGCGUAGUGCUGAUGUGAUCAUUGUAACAUCAGACCCGUGUAAUGAUAUGCCAGAAGAAACACAAGGCUUAGAGCUCAGAGCUGAUAUAAAGGGCAAAGCAGAUGUCCCUAUUGUUCAAGUUGGCACUUCCACUGAUGGGCACCAUAAAGGUUUGGACCUGUGGAUUCAGCACUUUGCUCCAGCAACACAGGGAGAAGUAAACACAUUCAAAAUUGACAUACCUGCUCCAAGUUGUAAAGAAAUAAUGUUGGGUCUGGGAAAGGAAAAUGAGGGUAUAAGCUCUACUGCUCACUCCUCAAGUAGAACUGGAAGCCCACUCAAGCAAGUGUCCCCCAAUAAAGUCAUCCAGUUGCCACUAGGUGAAGCUGUCUCAAGGAAAAGAAGAGAUAAAGAGCCGCUUGUGGAGACUCGAGAAAGAAGGAGUGAUCUAAUUAAGAAAGACAACAAUGGUUAUAGAAGGAAAUCAUGUGAUGCUACCUCUUGCUUACAUUGUAAUGCUAUUCCACCCAUUGUGCACAACAAAGUGGUAAAACAUCUGGCAAAAACAUUUUGCAAAGUGUCUGAGGAUGAGGUACAGGACAAGCUUUCAAAGAGUCCCAAGAAGAAGGGCCAAGAGGAUGUGGCCAAGGUCUCCAAGGUCACUGGUGCUACAACUCCUUAGGGUGUGCCAUGAAGAACUGUCACAUUAGUAAUAGUACCAGGAAUAUUUUGAGAAGGGCUAGUUUGAUGGUUGAAUGUAUGAUAUCUGAUGUGCUUGAUGUAUUCGGAACAUGUUUAAUGUCUGUCUCAAAA